GUUCAUUUUCACCUAAUAACCAAAGCAUACAAUAUCCACAUUAAUUUAGCAGCUUGUUGCAAAUUAGCCCAAAUGUCACUCAGUGUAACUCAACAUUUUUUCAGCUGCAGGAGAGGAAGACAAUGGCUGCAAACAUCCCAGGGCUGAUAGCUGUAGCUGUGUUUUAUAUGAUCAUUCUGGCAACUGGAAUAUGGGCAUCUCGAAAGUCCAAGCAAGAGGAGAAGAAAAGCACUGGGACAGGGACAGAAGUCACCCUGGUCGCUGGGCGAAAUCUAAAUACCAUUGUGGGAAUUUUCACAAUGACAGCUACAUGGGUUGGAGGAGGCUAUAUUCUCGGGACUGCUGCUGCUGUCUACAACCCUACAAAAGGCUUGGUUUGGGGUUUAAUGCCUUUGCAAUACAUAGUAAACUUUUUAAUAGCUGGUAUUUUCUUUGCCAAGCACAUGAGGGAUAAGAAGUAUGUAACUAUGAUGGAUCCCUUCCAGCUGAAAUACGGGCACACUCUGACCUGCACUCUUCUGAUUCCUGCACUGAUUGCUGACGUGAUGUGGGUAGCAUGUAUCAUGGCAAGUUUAGGAGGAACUAUGGGCAUCAUUCUGGAUAUAUCAUCGUUCUACUCAAUCUGCAUCUCAGCUGCUGUGGCGAUAAUCUAUACGCUUCUCGGGGGAAUGUUCUCUGUGGCGUACACUGAUGUCAUACAGCUGGUGUUCAUCUUUGUUAGUUUGUGGAUGUGUGUUCCAUUCCUGAUGGUGAAUCCAGCAUCUACUGAUAUCACACUCACAGCAUUCAAUGGGACCUUUCAAGCUCCUUGGGUGGGAACAUUGGAACCAGAGAAUCUGGGUCUGUGGCUUGAUGAUUUUCUGGUUUUGAGUCUAGGGGGUCUGGCUUCUCAAAUUUUGCAUCAGAGAAUUCUUUCUGCAGCAUCGUCCAAAGACGCACAGGUCAUAUGUUUUGUUGCAGCUGGUUUCUCAUCCAUCAUUGGCAUUCCCUCAAUACUUGUUGGGGCAGUGGCUGCAUCAACAGACUGGAACAUGACCAGUUAUGGUUCUCCAUCCCCCUAUGACCGUGGUGAAGCUGGUAAAAUUCUUCCAAUCGCUCUGCAGUACCUCACACCCAACCUUGUCUCCAUCUUGGGGAUCGGGGCUAUAGCAGCAGCAGUGAUGUCAUCCAUGGACUCUUGUCUCCUGGCCUCUGCUUCCUUAUUUACCAAAAACAUCUACAAAACCAUAAUUAGAAAGCAGGCUUCUAACAGAGAGCUGCAGUGGGUGAUCAAGAUCUCAGUGACAGUGGUUGGGCUGGUAGGAAUGGGGCUGGCCUUCUUAGGGAACAAUGUUCUGACCUUCUGGGUCUUGGGUACUGAUGUGAUGUACACCCUGGUCUUGCCUCAGCUCGUCUGCGUUCUCUUCUUUCCUGUCUCCAACGGUUACGGUGCUGUGGGGGGUUACAUCCUGGGAGUGAUGAUGAGACUGCUGAGUGGGGAACCUCUGCUGCACUUGCCCCCUGCCAUCCACUUCCCCGGUUGUAGGCUAAUCAGCGGGGUCUAUGUCCAGCACUUCCCCUGUCGGACACUGGCAAUGCUGAUCUCCCUUUGCUCCAUUCUUCUGAUUUCUUAUGUGACAUCACUGCUAUUUGAAAAAGGCCUCCUGCCAAAGAGCUGGAAUGCAGUGCAGUCCAGGAUUUAUAAUGCAACUAGUGGUGCUGAAGAAAAAGCUGAUGACACCAUGCCUGCUGCUUCAGAUCAACUACUUGACACAACUUGUUAGAUCCCAUGUUAAAGCGAUAUUAAUUUUUGUAUGGUAAUUGUUCCUUUUCUAGUAUUUCCCUAAGUCUGGACUGUUUUCUUUUUUUCUCUUAAAAGGGCACAUUGUCUUUUGGCGUUUUCACUGAAACUUGUGUAUAUAAUACAUUUUGAUGUAAUGAAUGAUUCUUAGCUCAACUGGUUAAUUUUCUACAAUCAUGGAAACUCUUUACAUGUAAACAGAAGAAAGGUUGCAAUUUUCAUUUAAUUUGAUUGUGAUAUUGCUUCCUGAUAUUUUUUAAAUACUCUGGUUGAUAUUAUGUGAGUGUUUCUAACUUUGAAGUCAGAAGAUAUUAUUUUUUGGUGACAAUGGUAUUGUAAACAUGUCUUCCAUUUCUGAAAACAGGGUAUGUCAUUUUCUGUGCUUGCCCGAAGUAGGAGAGCAGAACUUUUAUUAGAUAGAUUAGUCUGUGAUCAUGCCAGUAUGCUUGAUUCUUUUGAAAGCAUUCAUUCAAUGUGAGGAGUUAGAACUCAAUGUAUUUUAAUGGACAACAAUGAUGGAAAUUAAUUCAAAUAAAUUACUUGUCAUUGACCGAUUUGCAAAAUA